AUGGUGAUAACAACGGCAUCUAGACUGGCGAGAGAACUAAGUGAGAAAUACAGCUAUGUUGCGUCUUUGCGGGACCCUAGGACGAUCGGCUGGGGAUACACAGCGAACUUGAGGUUUGUGUUGCCAGUGAUCUUGGGCUACCUCUACGUGGUUAAGAGAGCCGGUCCAAGAUGGAUGGCGAACCGGAAGCCCUACAACCUCAAGUGGGCCAUCAUGGCCUAUAACUUGCUUCAGGUGAUCGCAAACGCUUUCUUCUUCGUGCGGUACAUGCGUCACACGUACCUCGGUGGAAACUACAGUGUGUUCUGUCAAGGACUGGACUACUCCAACAGUGAAAACGAGAUACGCAUCCUGGAAACUUCCUGGCUCUACCUUUUUGUGCGCAUCGCCGACUUCAUGGAUACCUUCUUCUUCAUUGCGACGAAAAAGUUCUCUCAUAUUACGUUUCUUCACGUCAUUCACCACUUCCUAGUUGUCCUCAAUGGCUGGGUGUACCUCACCUUUGGAGGUAGCGGUCACCUGAUCAUGGUUCUGUGUUUCAACACACUUGUCCACGUCGUGAUGUACGGCUACUACUUUCUCUCGUCACUUGGACCGAGAAUUGCGAAGUUCCUCUGGUGGAAGAAGUACCUCACGGGGCUGCAGAUCUUCCAGAUCGUCUUCCUCACGCUGCAUUCGUGUAUACCCCUUGUGUACGAUUGUGGUUUCCCCAAAGCACUUAUUAUGCUCGCCAUUCCACAAUCCUUGAUGGGGCUCGGACUCUUCAUUAACUUCUACGUUCAGUCGUACACCAAAACGGGAAAACGAGACCUUUGCAUUUCUCAAGCAGGGAAAGAGAAAUAA